AAAACAAAAUAAACAAAUGGAAAAAAUACAAACUAAAGAGAUGUUUCAUAUAUGAACUAAACUGAUGUUAGGAUUGGCUGAUUUUGUGUGCGUGUGUGUGUGUGUGUCUCUGAGAAACUGCUGACAGGAUGAGGAUUUCUGGAUCAGGUCCGUCUGCGAUCUCUUGAUUCUCUGCCACAGAAGAUCCGGAUUCGCUGUCAGAUCAUGAACUCUUCCCGUGUGAGACUCGCAGAUCUCAUCAGAGCCGCUCCUGGGCUUUUAUGGAGAAUCAUAAACAUGUCCUGGAGGUUUGUGGUGUUUGAUGGCCGUAGCAGCUGAAGCUCGAGCGCUGAGGCCUCUGGGUAACUGUGUUUGAUGAUCUUGGCCUGACGCAGACGGUCUGUUAUUGCAGAGAGUGUGUGUUUGUGUCGGAUCUGAUUUACUGUGCGCUCGGUCCCGUGUGUUAUAUCCUGGGAACCACUGAAAAACCUUUUUAGAUUUGAUUUUUUACAACCGUAAAAUAUCAUUCUCAGAUUGUUCUGGGAAGCGGUUCCUGCAUUGACAUCCUUCCAGUGGAUAUUUGUGAGUGUUUCCGAGGCUUCGUGAGUUUAUUUAUUGUUCUGUCGCCAUGGAAACAGAUGCUCUGGCGCCCGUUGCAGGAACGCAACCAAUCCUGUUAAACCAGAAGGCCAUGAUUCAGUGCUUGAUGAUCGACCGCAGUGAUGAGGUGCAUCGUAGUGCUUCAGAGGUCAGAGGUUGUGUCGUUGUGCCUUCUUAGGUCAGAGGUCGCUGCAUGCCAUCAAAGGUCGUGUCGUUGUGUCUUCAGAGGUCAGAGGUCAUGUCGCUGUGCCAUCAAAGGUCGUGUCGUUGUGUCUUCAGAGGCCAGAGGUCAUGUCGCUGUGCCAUCAAAGGUUGUGUCUUCAGAGUGUGUGUGUUGUGUUCUUGUAGGGCAGAACGUGAGUUUGCAGGGGAUUGUGGGAAACAGAAGCGUCUCCUGAUCCGUGCCGUCGAUGGUGAGCGGCUCGUGACUCUGUCAGAUGCGACUGAAGACUGUGUGUGUUGGACGCUCGUCAGAGGGGAUGAAGCAUUACACGGCUGAUUAAAGCUCUAGUCGUCUGGCCUGGUUCUGCGCGGACAGAUGUUUCCCCGAGGCGGAUCAGGGUUUGGUCUGAAGAAUGUGUGAGGGUUUCAGGAAGCGUCUCAGAUUCAUCCCAUCAAUCCAGUGAAAACACACUUUAAUUUGCACAAACUCUGAGAUGUGAGGAAGUGAAGCUCGUAAUGAGACGAUCAUGAAUCAGUGAGUCACGUCUGAACGGAUCAGAGUCACCGAAGCUUCACAGCAGACGCUCAUUAUAGCUGGCCUUCAUUCACUGUAGAGGAGCAGAUAUGAGAGAAGUUUUCCCUGAAACGAGGACGGAGUGAGUUAAUGGGUCCGGGAUGGGAUCGGAUCGGAUGAUGUGGUUUCGGACGCUCCUGCUGCUGGGACUCCUGCUGGACGUGUGUUCUGGACAUUCCUCUGAUGAUGAGGAUUAUUACAUGCAGGAGCUGCUGAGUCGGGAACAUUACAAGCGGAUCCCGGAGAGCGGAGAGACUCCCGGACGGGGAGUCGGGAAGGAGAGCAGAUCCACACCAGGGAAAGCUGCUCACAGAAAGAAUGAGAAGAAGAAAGCGAUGAAAGCAUCCGAGGGCGUCAGUGGUGGUUCGUUCGCUCCCGAGCGAGUUGACUGUCCUCCGCUGGGUCUGGAGACGCUGAACAUCGAUGACUUCCAGCUCCACGCAUCCAGCAUGAGGCACUACGGUCUGGGGCCGCACAGGGGCCGGCUGAACAUCCAGGGUGGUCUGCUUGAGGAUGACCUGUAUGAUGGAGGCUGGUGUGCUGGAAGGAUCGACCCGCUGCAGUGGUUAGAGGUCGACGCUCGCAGACUCAUGAAGUUCACCGGGGUCAUCACUCAGGGGCGGAGCUCACUCUGGUCGAGUGAUUGGGUGAGCUCAUAUAAAGUUCUGCUCAGUAAUGACUCUCACAGCUGGGUGACACUGAAGAACGGCUCCAGAGAUCUGAUUUUCUCUGGGAAUCGGGAGAAGGAGAUCCCCGUCCUCAACAGCUUCCCCAAACCUGUCGUCGCUCGCUACAUCCGGAUCAACCCUCGGUCCUGGUUCCCCGGCGGCGGCAUCUGCAUGCGUGUGGAGAUCCUGGGCUGCCCGAUGCCAGAUCCAAACAAUUAUUACCGGAGAAGAAAUGAAGUGACGACGACGGACGAGCUGGACUUCAGACACCACAGCUAUAAAGACAUGAGACAGCUGAUGAAGGUGGUGAACGAGAAGUGUCCGAACAUCACGCGCAUCUACAACAUCGGCCGGAGCUUCAGCGGACAGAAGCUGUACGCCAUCGAGAUCUCGGAUCGGCCCGGCGAGCAUGAGCUGGGCGAGCCCGAGUUCCGCUACACGGCCGGUUCCCACGGUAACGAGGUUCUGGGCCGCGAGCUGCUGCUGCUGCUCAUGCAGUUCAUGUGUCAGGAGUAUCUGAGCGGAAACACUCGCGUACGCCACCUAGUGGAGGAGACGCGCAUCCACCUGCUGCCCUCCGUCAACCCCGACGGCUACGAGAAGGCCUUCGCCGCGGGCUCGGAGCUCAGCGGAUGGACUCUGGGCCGCUGGAGUCACGACGGCCUCGACAUCCAUCAUAACUUCCCUGACCUCAGCUCAGUCCUGUGGGAGGCGGAGAACCGGAACUGGGUCCCGCGCAAGUUCCACAACCACCACAUCCCCAUCCCGGACUGGUACCGCUCCGAGAACGCCAGCGUGGCCGCGGAGACGCGCGCUCUGGUGUCGUGGAUGGAGAAGAUCCCGUUCGUGUUGGGGGGCAACCUGCAGGGCGGCGAGCUGGUGGUGUCGUUCCCGUUCGACCGCACGCGCUCCGAGACGCUCCGGCAGCCGACGCCCACGGCCGACGAUCACGUGUUCCGCUGGCUGGCGUUCUCCUACGCCUCCACGCACCGGCUCAUGACCCACGCCAGCCGCAGGGUCUGCCACACACACGACUUCGCCAAGGAGGACGGCACCGUCAACGGCGCCUCGUGGCACACGGCCGCAGGAAGUAUGAACGACUUCAGCUACCUGCACACCAACUGCUUCGAGCUCUCCAUGUACGUGGGCUGUGACAAAUACCCUCACGAGAGCGAACUCCCCGAGGAGUGGGAGAACAACCGCGAGUCUCUGCUCGUCUUCAUGGAACAGGUGCAUCGUGGGAUUAAAGGUGUGGUCAGAGACGUUCAGGGGAGAGGAAUCGCCAAUGCCAUCAUCUCUGUGGACGGAAUCAAUCACGACAUUCGCACAGCGUCUGACGGGGAUUACUGGCGUCUGCUGAACCCGGGUGAGUACCGCGUGACGGCCCGUGCCGAGGGCUUCGGCGGCAGCAGCCGAGUGUGUGUGGUGGGAUACGACAUCGGCGCUAGCGGCUGCGACUUCACACUCGUACGCUCAAACCUGUCGCGCAUCCGAGAGAUCAUGCAGAAGUUCAACAAGCAGCCAAUCAGCACGAGGAGACUGAGACAGCCCCGCCCACUGGACACAUAGAGGAGAGUGAGUGUGUGUGUGUGUGUGUGUGUACAGGAGCUGUUUAUCAAGAGAGUAUUUUAUAUAAAGCAUUAUCUGCUCUUCAUUGAUGUUUAUUGGCUUUAAUAUAUUUCAGAUUUGUUCUUCAUUCAGUAUCGAGUGACUCCAGCUCUUCUCUCUUUUAGUUUUAUUCAGUAUAAUGUCAUUAGAGCGUAAUGAAUAAUAAGGUGAAGCUCCCGGCUCGACGGGGUCAGCCUCGGCUCGCCGGUGACCUCUGACAUCAUCAGAUCCUCCUCACUGUGUUUGUUCAUAAUGUCCUCGUCAUUGUAUUGAGAAUAUUCAUACAUACAGCAACAAUAAAGCUUCAGAGAACUGAUCUGAACCUACUAUAUCUGACCUUCCG